UUACUAUCCUGUUGAAUAUAGUUUGAGCCGAAGAGAAUAUCCUUCUUUUUCAAAAUACCCACACCCACAGCAGUUUUUCUAAAAUCUCUGAGAAACUUAUUUUCUCUCUGAGAUGAAUUACAAAACAUACCAAGUAUUUUCACCACAAUUUGUUAUCAGAAACUUUUUAAAAGCCGUUCAGCUCAGAUGUGCGUGUUGAUUUUUGUUUAAAGGUUUUAUUGUUUUGCACAGAAAAAACUGUCCUUUAUAUGAAGAAGAAAAUCUCACAGAAAAUGAUUAUCCUACGAUUUUCUCGUGUUAAAUGUUUUCCUAAAAAAAAUACUUAGCUAGAUUUUAAUAAAACGUAAUAUCCAUUAGGAAAUUAAAAACGAACGAGUAUCAAAAGAUUUUAAUGUAGGUACAUACGAUAAAUGUUUGUCUGUGUAUGUAUCUGUAUCCGCUUUGUUUUGAGUGUUUUUAAAAACAAUAAAAUCAUAAAUUAAAUAAAACAAACAAUAUUAAACUAAACAAAAAUAAUGUGAGUUUAAUAGAACUGAUUUCCAAUCCGGCAAAUAUCGAGUCUAGUUAUAAUUGAAGCUUAAAAUAGUACAAUCAUAGAUGAUAAUAUAUAUGAGAGUUUUAUGAAUAUCUAACAAGUUACACCUAGGUUUUGUAAUGCCUUCAAAAGCUUCCGCACAAUGUACAUCAACAAGAAGGAAACACUCCUUAGGAAAACUAAGACGUGCCCACCCUGCUUCUGGAGCAACAUGGAAUGUACAAGUUGUUCGCGGAAAAAUGUCAUCGAAGUGCCUCUGGCAUGCUUGCCGAGCACUGAUUUUAGGAAUGAUUCUUAUGCUCUUGGGAGCGGGAAUGGCAACUGUUGGUUACUAUGCCGAUCAACUUUCUGUUGGAUCUGAGAUUAGGGGAAACUCCACAAUUCGCGUUAAGAAUGAGUCAAAGGGAUUUCACUUGAAUAAUUUAUCAUAUGUUGGACCGAUUGUGAUGGGAUUCGGUGGGUUUAUUGUGGUUGCGUCUUGUGUUAUGACAUUUGAGGCUCGUGACUCAGCUGCAAAAGUCGUCCCUGCACGACUUAAAGCAGCUUCUAAUAGUAAAACUAACAUAAGAAGUAAUUCGAGCAGUGCUUCUUCGCAAAGGCGAGCAAAUGGAGUAUCAUAUCAGAACACUCGAUGGGAUCAUCAUUUGGGAGUAUUUCGGUCUUCUCCAGCUGAGCCUCCUCAAGCGGCGCAAUUAGAUCGGCAAGCAUUAACAGCAGCACUUAUUCAUUUCUCAAAGACGUUGGGACAAACUGCCCAGUUGCCUGCAAAACAACAAAAACUUCAGCGUUGUGGUUCGGUGCCGAAUCUCUCAGGAAAUGUAACUAGCCAAGUGAAUGCAUCAACUUUAGCACACCUAUUGUCACCUAACCGAAAACCUAUGUACAUAAUACAGAAUUCACAUAGGCGUCAUCGACACCAUCAUCAUCAAUCAAACGGACGUCAUUCAAGAACUCGUAGCCCGCGAUUGAGUGGAAGCCUCGUUCAAAGAACUUCCAGAGAAUCUGCAUCCUCUUUGCUUCACCCAACGCCUUUUCAAAAAGCCCACUGGAAUGCUAUGUCAGUAGAUGAAACAGGUUUUUCGGAUAGCCAAUCAUCAAGAAUUAUAGAUCGUACUAAACGGUCUGAUACUGCUAAACGUCAUCUUCUUUUGCGUCAAAAACCUAUUGAAAAUGAGGAUUUACAAAAUGACGGAGCAGCUUCAAGGCGUCGGAGUUCUACACUAUCGGAUCUGUCAUAUGGGGCUCGAUGGACAAACAAAUGUCCUUCAAUGACAAGCCGUACUCCCAGCGUUGACUCCAAAAAAGUUCAAGUUGAUUUGCAUAGUCCUCAGUCUCAACGUUCAUGUAGUAAAUUAACAAAACGCGUUAACUCCGGACCGUCCUCUACACCUUCUGUUGAACGGGAAUUUAGAAGCCAACUUUCCAUAUGCUCGGAACCAAUCACAGCACGUCAACUAUCAGGGCAGUCCAGUAUAGAACCUUGCGUUCUCGAAGAAAGCCCAGAAAGUGACGAAAAACCGCCAAUCCAUGAAAAACCCACAACCACCACAGAAAUCAAACCUGGAAUCUUAAAGAAAACAAGACCAGAAACCUUACCAAUUAAAAUUGAAAUGAAAACCCUAAUCAAAGAAAAGAGCUGCCAAUCGAAUAAGAUACUCUACAGAAGUAAUUCAUCCAAUACAUUCUAUAGACCGAAACCAAGAAUAUCAAACGAAUAUGAUACAAUAUUUUUGAAAAACCUCAUUGGAAAACAAUCUAAUAAUGAGGUGUAUGAUUCGUUACAAGUUAUAAAUGAGCGUCGAAAAAAAAUUCUCAAGGCCGAGAGUGAUACCACGCUUUUGGAAAAGCAAAUCGAAAAAGAUUAUCCAAAACCAUUAGAACUCGAAAUAGAAGUUAACCAAUCACAACAAAAACAAAAAACUCUAGAUUCAGAAAAUAAUAUUUCCAUUUCCCUGUGUGAGACCGAUGAUGUACCAUGAUCGUAAUUAUUUUUAUUGCUGUUGAAAUUUUAUUAAGAAAAAAAGAAAAAUUGGUGUUAUUGGUGUUGUUUAUUAUCCAGCUAUAGAAGAAUGUUAUUUUUUACUUAAGACUGAAAUAUUUUUGAAAUAAUGUAGUAGCUUGUUUAUUUAACAAAAUGGAUGUAAA